AUGAUAACGUAUGAAGAAUAUGUAAAACAAUUGAAAGAAUUAGAUGUGUAUAGUACAGUAGCAUUUAAGAGAGUAGUCCCAUAUGUGCUGAUACAGCAGCAGCAGAAUGAAGACGAAUUACUAUUAAGAUUAAGGGCACCAUCAGAAAAAUUGGUGGGAGAAAUUAAUAAUGGUAGCAAUAAACUCGUAAUAAUUGAUUUAAAGAUUAGUUAUUCGCAUGUAUACCAAGAACCGCAACUUUCAAUCCAACUUUGGGAAACAAAUGGAAGACAAGAGAACCAGGAGGAAGAACAAGUAGACGAAAUAUAUUUGUGGUAUCCUAAUAAUAUUAAUGAAACACUUGCUAUACCUACAAAUCUUUUCACUAUUGAAUUAGACACGGUACCGCGUCCGAGAGUCGAACGGACGACUACAGAUAAUAUUAACAAUAGUGGUAGUAAGAAACUUAUGUCAUCUUCGGCGUGGUAUGUAGUUCACAGUUGUGAUACUUCUGAGAUUGUUGGAACUCCCAUACAAAAUUAUCUUCAGCGAUGGGCUAGUGUUUAUAUCGCUAGCUGGUGGGGAAUAGUAAGAACGCCGAACAAUUGUUAA